CUCCCAGCCGCUAGUUUAGCAAACAACCCCGCCGCGCAUACGCGCCAAAGCCAAACAAUUUCUUUCCUUUUUCUCUCUCUCCCUUCUUCCACUUAUCUGCAAAAAAAAAAAAAAUCGUUCUGCUAAUUUCGGAGCUCAAGACGCUCGCCCCAUCUCUCCUCUCGUCGUCUCUCUCAUCCAUCCUGCCAAACAAAAAACGAAAAAAAAAAAUACUCCUGCUGUUUGCUAGAGCGAGUGAAAAAAAAAGAAUAGUCUCAGAACCAUCUAGAGACAGCGGCCCGUGGAGCGGACAGCUGAGCGAGCAAGCCUGCGCCCUUCCGAAGUAGAAGCUGUUCUGAUCCACAGCUCUCGAUUCCGGAAGGAGUUGGUCAAGAACUGGGGAUCCUGAGUUGAAUAUGAUAUCAAAUCCGGUGGACUGGUAUAGUUUCGGACCCGGAUAGAAUUGGUAGGGAUGCCAGAUUGGAGGGUGCGUGAGUUUGAAGGUAAAUUCACUGAUGAGUUUGCCCACAGUAACAACAACAAACAUGAAAGUGGAGUUGAGGCUCCUGGUGUCACUAGUAGUAAGAAGUUGAAGCAUACAGUUGCCGGUGAGAAAAUUCAAGGUGUCAUCCCUGGAAUAAAUAGCUCAGAUCCACAGAAAUGUAAUUCAGAGAACAUCCAACAUGAGAACAGGAUAGUAUCCCAGAAUAUAAACAGUGCUGGUGACUGCAUUGGAGACUGCAAAGACAGCUCCAACGCCUUCUCUUCAAGGGAAGAAAAUACAAUCGCUGAAACCAGAUGUCCAACGGAUGACUGGAACUCCUGUCAGUUUGCACUGAGCAAUGGUUCAUCCAUUCUCAAUAACCACAGUGCUCCACAGGAUAGCCUCACUUAUGGAGAUAAUGAUCUAAACUACAUUGAUUGGCCUGGCAUUGACAAUUUUGAGGAUGUUGACACAUUAUUCAGAUCUGAUUUCACAUAUGAUCCGCAGCAGCUGGAGAAUACAGAUGGGUUAUCUUGGCUUCCUUCUUCAGAUGCUGUUUACUCUUCUGAUGUUGCUUUGCAGCAAGGGUUUGACUCGUCUUAUUCCGAUUAUGAUAUUCUGGAUGAUCUCUCAGCAUUCCAAUGUGCAGAAGAUAAAUCACUACCCUCAGUUGGUCCUUCAUCGGAUUUAUGUGAUAAUCAAUUCAAUGAUACCUAUCUGUUCAGUGAGCAGAAGAAUGCGAAUGCAUAUGGUGAACAGAUAUACCAAGAGGAUGUGAUGGAGUUGUUGCCCACUGACCAGAUAUGCAGUGGACAUGAAAACAUUGAUAUGUUGCAGGGUGGAAACCAGUAUUCAUCUGAACAUACAAUUCAAGGUAUUGAAGACAAGAAAUUUUCUAUAGCAUCAACUUCUCAGCUGAGCUCCUCUCAGAAUUUACUGAAGCAAAGGCACCACUUAGAUUCCAAUUCACCAAGCAACAUUACUUAUGAGGCCUAUGAAGAAAAGUUCGGUCCAUCUAGUGGUUCUUUUGCACAAAGGAAUUUAAAAGUGCAGAAGAAAACUAUGAACAUGCAACCAACACAGCCGAUAAAUGAUAAUGUCAUGAACAGACAUCCUCAAACAUUGACAAGAAGUGCUUCUUAUCCUUGUGAGAACAAUGAAUCUGAAAGAAGAGGAUUAGGGAAAAGAACUCUGGGGGAUCCUCAAGUUACAAUGGGUACUUCAAUGGUAGUGGAUGGCUCAUUUGUAUCAUCCAUGUCCUCUGAUAUCUCUGUUGAAGAAAGCAGCUUUCGACAACUGCAGAAUGCUGUUAGUCAGCUGGAUGUGCAAACCAAAUUGUGCAUUAGAGAUGGUUUAUACCGAUUGGCACGAAGUGCGCAGCACAGGCAAGUUAUUCCAAAUAUGAUGAGCAGCAAUGAAGACAACCCGGAUAUAAAGGAUCUGCAGAAUGCAGAAACUUUGCGCAAAUUCGUCGAUCCUCGGAGCAUCGAGACACAGACAAACCCGAUCGACCGGUCUAUCGCUCUGCUACUUUUCCACCAGUCAUCGGACCAUGCGGCUGUGGCUGUCGACGAUGCCUCAUCACUUAAACCCCCUGCUGGUAGCAAACACCACCAGGGCCCUGCUGCUAACCAAAACCAAGGCCUGAUACCAGAUUCAUCGGUGUAUUCCCCUGGAGAUGGGGCCCCCAAGGAUGUACAGUCCCUGGACAAGUUCUGAAUUUAUGUCCCUGCUCUCCAUGGGCACGUUCGGUUCCCGGGGAAUGGUCGUCUGGAACGAAUCCUGGUCGGAUUGCUUCUCUAAUUGAUAUAAGCUUUGAUCGGUUGGAACGAUUCUUGGUGGAAUUUCGGGAUAAAUGAACAGGCCCUAAUGCGUCUCCGUGACCUGGUUAAGGCGGCAUAAUACGGCUUUCACAUGAUGUUUCUAGGCAGAUGUAAAAAACAAGUAUAUUGUGUACCCAAUAGUCUGUAGCCUGUUCCAAUCACAUUGGUUUUGACAUGCGUGUAUCCUAUGGGUAGGCGGCCGUUGUGCUCUCUAGUGGCGUUGACUCACAUCUGUGUAAUCUAAAAAAAAUUCUUUCUUUCCGUGGAUCUCUAACUAUACCUUUGAACUGA